AUGGACAGCUUUAAUGUAAACCAUUUAGACAUAGCGCCCCGGUAUGCCAGUAUACUUAUGGGCAUCUCUAACGGCUUCGGUACGCUGGCCGGUAUGUUGUGCCCAAUUGUGGUCAAUCUGAUGACCAAAGAAAAGACACCUGAGGAAUGGCAGGACGUGUUCAUAAUCGCCGGCCUAAUACACAUCUGCGGCGUCAUCUUCUACGCCAUCUUCGCGUCGGGGGAACUGCAGCCGUGGGCUGAGCCGCCCAAGGAUGUGGAGCACAUGCAGAUGCAAUACCAGCCCCCCAUACAGACCCAGGUCGAGCAGACGUGGCCGCCCGGGGGCGACGGUCCGCAGCCGCCGAUG